UGGUAUGUACUAUUGUGCUUCACAUCUGUAGUUCUUGGCUGAAUGUGGGAGGAGUUCCUAGGUAGAGAGUAAAUUCUGUUACAUGAGAUUCCUAGUAAUAGCAUACAAUCAAUUUGUGCGCAACUGCCGAGAGUUGCGAGGACUAUAAAAGCAGGCCAAGUAACAGACAUGCUACAACUGUCUCUCCAGACUCUACUUUGAAGCAAGUACCACUCCUUACAACAAAAAUGAUGAAGGCCACAAUGUUUGCAGCUGCAAUUCUACUCUCUGCAGCUAGCACUGCAGUACUUGGAUAUCCAUCCUACCCGUAUGCUACCAGCCAGCAGCGCCAGGCCCCGUAUGCUGAACAGCAGCAGUACCUAAGGCAGCAGCAGGUGGAACAGCAGCAGUACCAGUAUGCUGAACAGCAGCAAAUGUUGGAGGAAAACUUUGACCAGGAGCAGGCACUCAUGCAGCAGAACUAUCUUAAACUGUUUGAAGGAGGUGCUGCAGCUCAGCAGGCGGGCAGUUGCUUGGACAUUAAUAUUCCAACUUUGGUGGGUCCCCUCAACGUCCGUGUAUGUCCAGACGAUAGCACUGGAUGUGGGCUUGUCCGUGUUGUUCUGGGCACGCUUGUCGAUACCCGUGUUGAAACCUGCAAGCAAGGAUGUAUUAAAACACCACGUCCCGAGACCUUGUGUCCACAAGGAAGUCCUCCUGCCCUCAUUAGCAUUCCGAUUCCUACACCUGGAGUCAUGGUGAAUGUGGACAUCCGCCUCUUUCCACAGUGUCAGUGUGUGUGAGGGUGAAAGCUCCGGUAUGCCAACCAUGAAGUGAUUAAUGAUCCACAUCUGGGAACGGACAACUUUAAACAGAAUAGCUGUGUAGGUUUUAGCAACUGCCCUAGAAAUGAUGUUGCAGAUAGUUUGGACUUAUGUGUAUAUAGAUAGAUUUCAUUAGACAUGUGCAUACAAACAUGUGUACCCUGAUUUCAUCAUCAUUGAACAUUGAAACAUUGAUUUCGAGCAACUGCGAGGGGUUCAAUUUUCAGAUAAAGCUAUUUGAGGUUUCCCCCCCCAUAAACAAAGAAACACGGGAAAUAAAAACCUUGGCAUAAAAGUUUUAUCAACAUAAGUCCGACUGUAAAGGCAA